GUCCUCGCACCGCACGCAACAAGUACGCAGGCAGCGCAGCCUCGAGCCGUCGCCAUGGCGAGCAAGCACCUCGUCCUCGCCGCAUGCCUCCUCCUCCUCCUGCCCACCGCCUCGGUCGCCACCGACGUCGACUACUGCAGUAAGAAGGACUACCCGGUGAAGGUGAGCGGGGUGCAGAUCCUGCCCGAUCCGGUCGAACCCGGCAAGCCCGCCACUUUCAAGAUCUCCGCUUCUACUGAUAAAACCAUCGAGAAGGGGAAGCUGGUCAUCGACGUAAAGUAUUUCUUCUUCUAUGUGCACUCGGAGACCCGCGACAUCUGCGGAGAGACUUCCUGCCCAGCGACCGGCGACUUCGUGCUGUCCCACCAGCAGACGCUGCCAGGCUUCACUCCGCCGGGCUCCUACACGAUCUACAUGAAGAUUGUCGGGGACGACAACGAGGAGCUGAGCUGCAUCUCGUUCGGGUUCAGCAUCGGCUUCGUCGCGUCCAGCUGAACACGUCCGAGCCCGGGCACGAGAGGCAUCCAGCUCAUGGAUGUAAUUACGUGAAGCACACUCUGUAUCCUAUGACUUUUUGUGGGUGUCUGUGUUCAACUGAGACGUUUUUAUCCGGAGUUGAACAUCACAGUAAAGCAAAGUCACUGAUACCAUGUAAUGGAACUCUGAGCGCUUGAUGGGGCCCGUGUUUUUUAGACUCACAAUAAAGCCGGUUUGUGUUUGUGCCU